GACUGAAGCAUGAGCGUGUUAAAGAAAAAUGCCCAGCCUGGGGCAAACAAUGCUCAAAAUGCGGCAAAAGCAAUCACUUUGCAAAGAUGUGCAUGUCGUCUUAUGAUACCAGUAGUAGCUCUAGUAACAGGUCAGGAAUGCAAGCAAGACGUAGUAGACCACCAUUCAGGGGUGCACAGCACAAUGUGCGUGCUAUUUAUGAGGAUUCGGAUGAUGAAAUCAUGGUUGUGGCACUAGGUGAAAACACUAAGGAAGAGAAUAUCAAGGCUGUAGGGGACAAUAAUGAAACCCAAUUCCAAAACAAAAUCAUGGCAACAUUUCUCAUUGAGGGGGAACCGGUGAAAAUGCAAGUUGACUGUGGGGCCACAGUGAACGUCAUCCCUCGAAAGCAUGUUCCCCUGGGUAUACCAAUUCACGAGAAUGCCAAGCAGCUAGGCUUAUUUGGGAAUAAGGCAAGCAUUACGUCUGUGGGCACAUGCAAACUGCACAUGAUGAAUGCUAAGAAUAGACAGCCAUGUGAUGUCCUCUUCCAUGUUGUAAAUGAAGAAACAUGUGCACCAUUGAUAGGAUCUAGAAAGGCUCAAUCAAUGAAUCUGAUAACAGUGCAGCAUGAGAACAUCGCUAGCUUAGAUGACUCACCGGGUUUGGAUAAGUAUGCAAAGACAAAGAGCGAAGUAGUGAAGAAAUACCAAGAAGCAUUUAGUGGGCUGGGGAAGAUGCCAGGCAAAGUCCACUUAGAGGUAGAUGAUUCAUCACCAGUAGUGAUGCCCCCCAGAAGGGUUCCAAUAGCUGUUAGGGACAAGCUUAAAGAAGAGCUGAAUAGAUUAGAAUCUCUAGGGGUGAUAGAUCAGGUACAGAAACCAACAGACUGGGUUUCAGGGCUAGUAGUUGUACAGAAAUCAGAUGGGAGAAUCAGAGUGUGCAUAGAUCCCCAGUAUCUAAACCGUGCCCUUAAAAGAGAACACUACCCGUUGCCCCUCAUUGAAGAUGUGCUCCCUGAACUGGCUUCGGUAAAGGUCUUCACCAAGGCAGACUGCAAGGAAGGGUUCUUGCAAUGUGAACUGGAUGACAAGUCAUCGCUUCUCACGACAUUUCAGACUCCAUGGGGACGCUACAAGUGGAGAAGGCUGCCGUUUGGAGUCAGCCCUGCCCCAGAGCUUUUCCAAAAGCUCCUAGAUCAGAACUUGGAGUGUCUGACAGGUGUCUACAAAGUCGCAGAUGACAUUCUGAUUGUUGGCCGAGGUGCGACGCUCCAAGAGGCUCACGCAGAUCAUGACGCGAACCUCGACGCCCUGAUGAAGAGAUGUAUCGAGCGCAAGAUCGUACUCAAUGAACGAAAAUUUGAGUACAAAACCGACCGCGUGAAGUUCAUAGGCCAUGUCCUAACCAGUAACGGACUACAGGUUGACGAGGACAAAGUGAAGGCCAUAACGGAGAUGCCCAAACCGGACAGCGUCGAGAGCGUACAGAGAUUCGUGGGCAUGGUGAAAUACCUUGCAAAGUUUCUACCGGCCCUUUCCGAAAAAAGUGAGCCCCUGCGUCGACUGACCCACAAGGACACACCAUGGGAGUGGGGGCCCGACCAGGACAAAUCUUUCGCGGAUAUCAAGUUACUUGUCAGCUCAGCGCCUGUCUUGAAAUACUUUGACCCGGAAUGUCAAACGGAAGGGCAAGGCGAUGCCUCUCAAUCGGGCCUAGGAUUCGUACUCCUGCAAAAAGGCCAACCCGUAGCGUACUCCAGUCGGGCGUUGACUCCAGCAGAAACGAGGUACUCCCAGAUAGAAAAAGAACUUCUAGCACAAGUAUUCGGUCUCGAGAAACACCACGAGUAUGUUUAUGGCAGGGAAAUCGUUCUGUGGACCGACCACAAGCCGUUAGUAUCGAUCACACAAAGAUCCCUAGCCACCGCACCAAAGCGUUUACAGCGGUUACUGCUCCGUCUAAUGCAGUAUGAUGUGCAGAUCAAGUAUAUGCCAGGCCCAGAACUCUAUCUAGCAGACACACUCUCACGUGCUUACCUUCCAAGCACUGAGAGAUCACGUACCGAAGCCGAGACUGAACGCAUCCAUCUUGUUGAUUCACUGAGAAUUUCUGACGCGAUGAAGAAGGAAAUACUCGAGUCGACCGCGCGUGAUGAGGAACUUUGCGCCGUGAUGCAGUACAUAAACGAAGGAUGGCCGGCAUCAAUCCGAGACUGUGCUCCCGAAGUGAGACAGUACCAUGCCAUCAGACACGAACUAACAUUCGAUGACGGCAUCGUCCUCAAGGGACUUCGUUGCGUGAUUCCACGAACAAUGCGUCCGACCGUAAGAAAGAGACUCCAUACCGCACACACAGGCAUCGACAGCACUUUGAGGAGGGCGAGAGAAUGCGUCUAUUGGCCGGGAAUAUCCGCGGACUUAAAGGAUUAUAUAUCCCGUUGCGACGCAUGCAACACAUAUGCCGUAUCACAACCAAAAGAGCCCCUGAUCAGCCAUCCUAUCCCGAGCCACCCGUGGCAGAAGGUUGGCUGCGAUAUCUUCACGGUCAGUGGGCAGGAUUACUUGUGCACUGUCGACUACCUCUCGGACUAUUUUGAAGUAGAUAACCUCAAGGGCCGUAAGGACGGCAGCGCUAUCAUCAGCCGGCUCAAACGUCACUUUUCCACUCACGGCAUACCUGAAGAAAUCAUGAGCGACAACGGCCCUCCGUUCAACUCCGAACAGUUUGCUAUGUUUUCUAGAGAAUACGGAUUCUCACAUUCCACCAGCUCUCCGGAAUAUCCUCAAAGCAAUGGAAAGGUGGAAAGUGCUGUAAAGAUCGCGAAGGGACUAGUAAAAAAAGCAAAGACGGCGGGGGAAGAUUUUUAUAUGAGUCUUCUCGUCUGGCGCAACACCCCAACCGCGGACAUGAACAGCUCUCCAGCACAAAGGAUGUUUGGGCGCCGGAUGCAGACAAACAUUCCUAUCGCGAAUGAACUCCUACAACCACAACUGGUGAUGGAUGUACGGGAGCGGAAAAUACAGAAACAGGAGAGACAAGCUCUGUACUUCAACCGCCACACACGAGUUCUCCCUGACUUACAAGUAGGUGACCAUGUACGCCUACAACCAUCGCGUCAUAGGGAUAAGUGGGACGAAGCGGAAGUGAAAGAGAAAGUGGGCAUACGAUCAUACAGGAUUAUCACGGACAGUGGGCGCGAACUUCGAAGGAACCGACGCCACUUGCGAAAGACAUCUGCACACUCCACACCCGAAAUCCCAGAACCAAACGCCGACGAUCAAGCUCCAGAGUGGUUCGAAGACAGCGGACAACCAACUAUAACCACUCACGCAACACCGAUGACAACACCAACAAACCCACCAGAACAACCACUACGCAGGAGCCACAGGCAACAACGACAACCCCAAUACCUUGAAGACUAUGUAACCAAUUAAUUAAGACCCCAUGCACACCUCCCUGAGUUACAGCUACCGUCCAACAUUUAGGAAUUGCUCAUUUAUAAUGUCUACCAUAUAACACAUAACUAGAGAAUAAUUCAGACUAUAUCAUUUGUAUUACUUUAGGCUGAAUGACCAGCUAUCCCACAUACAUGUACAAUGCUAGUGCCACGUUUGGUUAUAACAUCAUAACAGAUUUGCAUGUAAAUAACGCGACCUUGUUAAGUCGCAGUUUAAUGUAUAUAAAUGUAAAUGCGUUAAAAUCCUGGGCAAUCUUAAAAAAGAAAAAAAACAAAUCAAAUAUAUCAGAUAAACAACAAAAUUCUAUUCUUCUAAAAAAGGAAGGAUGUUACAAUAUGAUGUAUAACAUAUUGCUGUAUAGCGCCAUCUAUGUUCAUACCACAAGAUACUGUGAAUAAAGAAAGCUCCCUCUUAUGCCAGGUUAA